AAUCCGAAAUACACUGAGGUUCGGCCGUCCUUCCGAAACUUUCCGACCUGUUUCGGAAAAGGCAGAAAAGGUUUCGCCGGUUUCGUCCUAUCACUAAAAGCGCUAAAAGACCGUUGGAUGCUGUCUUGAAUAUUUUUGUUGGAACACUUGUCGGGCUCCGCGGUCUCUGUGGAAGAAGUUCAUCUUUUGGUGUCCCUUGGUUUGCCGCCGUCUGCAGUGAAUCUCGGAGUGACUUCGAGAUCUGCCUACGGGAGGGAGCAUGUCGCCCCGGAGGAGCCGUAGGCUGGUGCGGCAGGAACGAAAACUUCCUGCCAAACUACUGGAAGAAGAUUCUGCCGCAGUGUGCUGCUUCUGUAAAAAAGCACAAAGCAGCAUCGUCUGCGACAAGUUGCUGAACGGCAAGAUCACCGCCCACUUCUACUGCCUGCUUUUCUCAAGCGGUCUUCAGCAGAGGGGUGACGUAGGUGGGCCUCUCAUGGGUUUUCUGGAGGCAGACAUAAUGAUCGAGCUCCGGAGAGGCUCCAAACUGCGGUGUGUCUACUGCAAGAAGCAGGGUGCCACUCUGGGAUGCUGCAUAAAAAUGUGCAAGAAGGUGUUCCAUGUGGACUGCGGCAAUGCCAGUGACUGCCUGCUGCAGUUUUACGGAGACUACAGGGCCUACUGUCCGUACCACCGUCCCCAUCAGCGGAUACGACCCAAGGAGUCUGGCAGUACCUCCUGCCUGAUCUGCGCCUGUGACAUGGUGUCGGAGCCCUCCCCGCAGGUCCUUGUCACGCCGUGCUGCCAACACUCCUUCCACAGGGCCUGCCUGCAGGCUCAGGCCUCGAGUGCCGGAAGCUACUUUUUCAAGUGCUGCACCUGUAACAACAUCGAUGCCUUCCAAAAGGAGAUGUUAGACCACGGCAUCUGCAUUCCCGAACAGGAUGCGUCGUGGGAGAGGGAGCAGGGGGCGUACCAAGACCUGCUCUACCGGUACCAAAGGUGUGACGCUGAGCGGUGCCGCUGCCCCAUGGGACGGGAGGCGUCGUCAGAGGAAAGUGGGGACUGGGAGGUGAUCACCUGCAGCACGUGCGGGUCGCAGGGGAUCCACAAGGCCUGCGGGAACCUCUCCAGGGAAGCCUUGCAGCGUGCCAACUCGUGGGUCUGUGUGCAGUGCCGGAAGACCCUUUCUCUGACUGAAAAACUUGACACCGCCGACUGGGUCUCUACCCCCCUUGUUCGUAAAGGCGAGCCAAAAACCGGCGCUUCCAACAUCGCCGGAGAAGCGGGCAAUGGCACCAUCGAGAAGUCCACGUCUUCCGCUGACCGAUCUGCAAAAGCCGCCGCCGAACCGCCUGAUCGCGAGGCAGCCCGACUGCCGAGAAAGCGGAAGGCCGAUCAGCUGCGCGGAGUGAGUGCACCCAAGCGGAGCGCCAAUCACUUUGCGUCGUCUGCGUCCGUUCGAGAGCCCCAGCACGAGGGACACGAAAGCGACGCGUCCGAGACGUCGAUGCAGGAGACCGGAGAGACCAGGAGACCAAAGCAACCCACCAAGUCGAAAGAGUGCAAAGUCGUCAGUUCCUCCAGAGCCUCCGAGUCUGCGAAAGACGGGGCAUGCUCACAGUCUGUCUCCGUCGAGACGGACGUCACUAAGGCGGUUGACGUUCACAGUUCUGAGUCACCGUCGACAAGCAGACCUUCGACCUCGACGAGCGUUGGGACCGUACCGUUGGCGGGCGGAGGAGGACAGGCUAUGAUCAGCUGCAGGAACGGGAAGCUGUGCGCGGCAGUCAAGCCGCGCUUCACCGCCGACACUUUUGUGAAGGGUGCCAUCGAAAAGACCACGACCGUUGCAACGACGAGCGGGGAACACCUUGGCCCUGGCCGUCCUGGGGACGCGGUGCUGCCCAUUCCGCCGAGGAUGAUGCAGCUGCUACCUCCGAGUGAUGCUGCGACGAUCCGGAAGCCCAAGCCCAAGCCCAUCCCCAAGAAGUCUUCGGGCGUUCAACUUUCGUUACUGAGUUACUUCAGGCAGUUCAUGCAGCACAAGUCAGAAAGGGAGAACUGACGACAUUGGGCAUAGGUAGACCAAGUUAUAUUUAAGGAUUUUUGCUACUCAAGAGGGCAAGAAGUCUUCGGGCGUUGAACUUUCGUUGCCGAGUUACUUAUUGAGGCAGUUCAUGCAGCACAAGUCGGAAAGGGAGAACUGACGACGUUGGGCAUCGGUAGACCAAGUUAUAUUCAAGUAUUCUGCUACGCAAGAGGGCAAGGUACUACUCGGUACGAAAGAAAUGUGAAUGGCGAAGCCUGUGGCCUUUGAAGGAUGCUGCACUACCUAGAGCAGGGGUCUGAAACACAUGGCCCGCAACUGAUUGGGGUGAGGCGCGCAAGGGCAGAGCCCUUCCCGUAGCUACGAGCCCCUAUUCUUGCUUCGAGCGCCGCCACUGCAUGCGCCACAACGGUCUUUGUCGAUCCUUUCAUUUGCAUUUGAAAUAUUGAAACAUAGUUCUGCUCUUAUAACUUCUUAGCAAAGUUUGCACUAUUUUGUUUUGUCUUGCAUUCUGUUUCGUCUUGGUUUUCAAUUCUCGGCUCUUUCACAUUUUAGUCCUCCAUAGGACAAUUAUGCCACUUAGCUAAAAGCACAAGCUCUUUGUUCAGAGACACACCUCAGCUGCACAAAAUCUCGCUCGGUAAGAUAAUGCUGCGAGCUCGGGCUUCUUGCCAUUAAAAAAUGCCAAUGCCAAUAGAUUAAAUGUAUUUUCUUAUAAUGCUGCUAUAAACACCGCCAGGAAAGCGAAAACUCCUACGAAGAGGUCGUUUUUUUAUCGAGACUCUGAGCUCAUUUAUGGUUAUCAACCACUGAUGCUUCACGGACCCCUUGUUGGUCGGCGGAGAAGAUGGAGGAUCCUGUUCAUGGUGACGAAAAGGGAAAGGUAUAGGUUAAUUAUGAUAAUGAUUUAUUAAAUGAAUAUAGCUAAGGGCUAGUGUGAAUUAGACAUCUCUUAUUGACACAUUCACGAGAAUACACGAAAAUACUUGGAACACUUCUCAAUCGGAUAAAAGACCACUUUUAUUGCCGAGCUUCACUGGCGGGGCAGGGCUUCGCGGACCCCUAGAAAGCCAAACUGUCCGCGGACCCCCAUUUGAGAAACACUGCCCUCGUGGAUGGAGUGACGAGGCAACAACAGUUUGCUUGUUCUCGUUCUAUAGAAAAAAUCUUUUCACACCGGUAGGGCAGUGGCAUUCUAAAUAAUUUUAUCAGAUUAGGUAGGGGUCAAAGAUAAGUAAAUCAAUUAAACCCAAAGAUGUAUCUGAGAAAAUGACGAGUUUACAAAGAAGAAAAAGCGCCUUUUGAGGGUGGGCUAUCCGUCCCCCAUACUGGGACAAAUUCGAGACCCCCGAUUUAGAAGCUUCUGCAGCAAUUGCCGAGUGGAGAGGGAGGUUCCAAGGGUGCACACAUCCGAGUAGGCCCUCGCAGCCUCUCCCCUCUACUCCGCAUUUCUAUCGGCUCCUAGGAGCCUCUAGUUAGUGCAGCAUGUAUCAAAGGCCGCACACUCUGCCGUUUGCGUUUGAUUCGUACCGGACGGUAUACUUGCGCAUGCAUCCCUUUGUGUUUUUGGAGCUUUACUUGUUGAUUUAUUAGGUUUUAUGCUCAAGGAAACUAGGGAGUGCAUUUAUGAAUUUGGCAUUAACAGGAAUAGUUAUGACGCGCAGGGACAAGGGCCACACAUGUACGACUCUUUUUGACUCGUUUUAAUGCCAUUCCACCGCGCGUCUACGGACGUGGCUAGAAAGGGGGAACAUGUGUGCUCUAUAGGUGCAAAGAACAGAGCUGUAGUCAGCGACAGGUUAACGAUGCAGCCAAUGCUUCACUUCCGGCGUGAGCUUUCUACCUUUGGUAGCACUUCGUUGCACGCCAGAGCCUGGUGGAAGGCAGCGAGCGAGGGCCGGAGGCGGAGUUUCUAAUGCAUUCUUAUGCCGUCGCUGACCUUAAGUCGGCCGAAAACGGGCGUUGCGUGGUGGUUACCGUAGCAACCACAACAGACGUCACGAAGCAGACCUAUGCCGUGCCGCCACGUCGAGGCCGUUGCUAGAGAAACCGCCGCACAGCACCCGUCCUUGGCAUCCGUCGUUGCAAGACUCGAGGACAAGGGCAUGGUUAACAAGGCGCAAGGCCUCGACGGGAUCGGGCCACUGCUUGUGUUGUCCAGGGCCGAUAUUGCAUUUCUGCCACCCCUUGCCGACAUCAUUCUUCUUUUGGUGCGUAGCGUUUAAAUCUGGCCUCUAUGGCGCGUCGGCGCCGCGUGACCUCCCCAUGUCAACCUGAAGGGUCUUCACGGGUCCUUUGUGCACCACGGUGCGACACCGUUACGAGGCAUUGCGUGACAUUGCGACACUUGCGGCUCUAUAUUCACAAAACCUGUGAAAUGUGCCCCUAAGUUGCCUGUUUACUUGCCUGCAUAACGAGGGUGAAGAGGCCCUAUAAAUGCUACAAAUUUAGGCUAGUUGAGUUGUAGGUGCUUGUCCCGUUCUAUUCUUUUUACAUUGUUUCUUGCCAAAAUGGCACCACCUGGCAUUGUAAAAUCUAUUUAAAAGAAAAAGAAAUGUUUUUGAUGGAAUUUGUCUUGCACCACUGCACGAGUAGAUUAGGAAAAGCAACCUCCCCCGCGUUGAGAUAAAAACAAAAGGCAGACAGCAUACAACGACAUUGCCUCUUCCGAAUGCUUAAAAAGCAACGGCAAGCAAAACUCAAAGCAGUAAUAAUCGAAGCCAAAAUUAAACUUUAUUGUUUGGGUAUGUAUAGACACUACGAAUAAUUUAAAGCACUUUGUGCACUUUUCCUGCAAAAGACUCUGAAACAGGCGUGCCACAGGCUUUGCAGAUAAAGCUUUUUUGACCAGUAGAAAGCCGUCGAGUGCGAUAGCUGCAGAAAUGAAUGCGAACAGAAUCGCCUGGGUUCAGGGAUCGACGUCAACUCUGCGAAUGCAGCGUCACUUGGUGGGAAUUCUCAAUGUGCUCUGUCGGUAUAUUCUUGACCAUCGCCACAGCACUGCGCAAUUAGCUACGAGGCAAACCGUUGAGAAAACGAACAGAGAUGGGAUGUGCAUAUUCUGUUCACCGUGCAGACAGACAAACUUCAGUUCAGGUGGGGCAAAACAUCAAUGUAAAAACACUGCACACAAAAAAAAAAUAUACAACACAAGACUGGCACAUAAGAAGCUCAUGAAACCUUUUGUGUGAAAGACUUCUCGGUAGGCAUGGGUGCAGUUGCAUCGUCUUCCGUUGGUAAACGUAAAAACAAAGGUAAAUAAACUCACACAAGGGAAGACGACGAAUGAUCUAAAAAGAAAAGACGGUUUCCAGCGAGAUCCAACGCUGCAUUUUCUUUCUUGGGAGUCUAAGCAGUCCCUGCCAUGUCUACGAGUGCAGUUCGACACUUCCAACAUUCUGGACGGACGGAAGUUGGUGUCCCUUGCACAACUUCAGCCAGCGCUCAUUUCAUCUUGUUCCUCGAAUCUCACGGUCAUGAUCACCUGCAAACUAAACCCGCAUGUUCAUUCUUUCGUGUAAGGGUCUCAAAUCUGUGCCAGUUUUGCAACCAGUCUCUUUGUCGCGCUGGCGACGACUGAACAUCUUAGAAUUCGUGUGGCUAAUACAGAACUCGGCACGACAGAUUUGAGUUUCAAGGCACUGUGCCACGGGAUUUUUUCUUCAGCGUGUCGGGUGCAUCGUAUAAUGGACGGUAGCUCUAACAAUGGGUCUGUCUGUGUGUGAGAGGUCAAGAUGAUUGAAUGUUGGUUGGUAAAAAGGAAGAAAGGAUAAAAAAAAGAAAAAAGGUUUGUCCAGCAGGAGUUCUAUUUGACUUGGGAUAGCUUAAAAAUGCAGCCCCUUCCCGACACUACUUGCCCAUAAAAAUUACACAGCCAAACCUGAUCCUCACUCAUCAAAGAUACUACCACCAGGAAGAGGUCACAUAAAAGAGUUGCAUCCCGGAUCGGUUGCUACUGCUUUCUAAUGUUCCCGAGUUGCAGCAACCGAGUUGUGGGUUUCGACGCGAAAUCAACGCCAACAAUUUGCGUCGUGGUGAUUGGCAUUGUGUCGGCAACCUCUGAACUGCAAGAAGCUGAAAACUUGCCUCAUCCAAAUCUAUGAGACUUGGAAGUGCCCUGCACUGGAAGGAAUUUUCAGAAAAAAUAAAACUGUACAGUGUCUUCAUUCUUGGAGAACCAUAUACUCGCGUGUUGCUGGAAGAAAAAAGUAUACAGUGAAACCUGUUUAGAACGAACCCACGUACAGCGAAUUAUUGUCUAUAUUGAACUCGCGGAAAAUUUAAAUAAAAAUGCAUACAAAAAUUACUUUU